AUGAAAUCUCUAGAAGGUUGUUUCAUGCAGCCCUUUAAAUAGGUUAAAGAGGCCCGAUACCUUUAAAUAAACAAUACUAAUUGGAAAUCAAACAAUUGGGUUGUGAAUAAAGGAUCCUUUAAUUACAAUUCCUUUAGUCAGAAGAGAGAAUAUCUUUAUAAAAUAAUGUUAGAAAUAUGGAAGUUAACUGGACCAUAAGGCUUACUUUAAAAUAAAGUAGAAGGCUAAGGGGGCUGUUUAUUCGAAAAUGUUGAAAGUUUUUUCAAGAGUAUAACAUCCUCUACUUUUUAAUAAAAUAUAGUAAAAGCUCUUAUUGAUUUAUCGGAGAAGAUGAAAGAAGGAAGAGAAAUCACAAUUGAGGAUCAAAAGGAGUUUUUAAAUUAAAUAAAAUGCGAUGCACAAAACACGGAUAAUAGUUUGUAAAAUAAAAAAAAAAUGAAAGCCCAAAAAAAAUUAGUUGGGUUGCUACAGUAAUAGGACUAGACAUAGGAUCAAAUUACAGAAAGUUUUACAAAUAUAUAGAAGAAUCUGAUAGAAAUAUUUUUAAAAGAGAAUUGA